UCUAUUGAGACACAGCCACUUUCUAGCCACGAGUGAUGGGCUGUUCCUCCUAUGCGCCAGGCUGAUUUUAACGUCCUCGUCCUGCAGGCGGCUUUGAUUGCGUACUUGAUAUGGUGGUUCCGCGCACCGCUCAAGCGAUGGGCACUUGCGAGGUACCGCAUUGCGAUCGAAGCUUACCGGGAGGCCCAGGAAAAAAGAAGACAAGCCGAAGAAAAGAAGGAAUGCAAGGAUGAUGUGGCAGUGCAAAAGGAGGGCAAGGAGGCGAAGGCUGCCGUGGUCGAUGAAGGAAAGAAGCAGCAAGCCGCUCGCCAGAGACGGCGACCAGCUGCCAAGUUGCAGGAUCUCAACGCCAAAGAACUGCUGGAAGUGGUGGCACCUGCGUCGAGCACCUCCAGCGAGGUCGACCUGCACGCGCCUGACGAAGACGAAGCGACUCCCCACGACAGUCAUCAAGGCGAUGGCGAAGAUCGACCGAAGGGAUCGUUGCUGUCAAGAACCUCCGAGGUGUCGAUUAUGCACGAGCUUCGACCUGGCAAGGGUGAUGAGGCUGUGCUGGCAGCUGUCCAGUUGGCCUUCUCAGAGCUCUGCAGCUGCAACUUGUGGAGUACCUGCAAACAACAUCGGUUGAAGGUGUCCAGCUGUGUGCGCUGGACUGGCUCUGACUGGGAGGCUGUUGGGAUUCUGCUCUACCGGCUGGAGCCACACCUGCUGCAGGUUGUGUUCCUCGGCGUGCUACCCGCUUACCGGCGUCAGCAUGUCGGACGUGCACUGGUGAAGGCCCUGCGGGAGCUUGCCAGGCGAGAUCCCAACUGCAUGAGCAUCAUGGCGGUGGUUCCAGAGCAUGCAGAGGCUGUCCACUUCUUCAAAGCCGCUGGCUUCAAGAGAAGUGAGCCCGGAGGAGAACACCAGGUCAUGCGGAUUGACCUCAGGCGGCUUAAGAGCUCGAGGCUCACUUUGGCCCAUUUCCGCGGCGCGAGCAUCAGGCUUUCUUCCGAUUCCGGUUCAGGCAGACAUCUCCUUCUAUGGGAGCAGGUUGUAGCGCAGGCGAGGUGUCAGUCGCCCAAGGCGCAGAAGGAGAAGGUCGCGAGUUCGAGGGCGGAGAAAGCUGAGCCGGAAGCUGCAGCUGGGAAGCCGGAAGCAGAGAGCGAGGCGAAGGUUCCCAGUGACCAUCACGAAGCGAGGGCGCAGGAGGAAGCAUCUGGCGAAGAGGCGGUUCAAGACCCGCCGACUUUGACUCACCCAGCUGAUCCCACAUUAGCCGAAGAGGUGGCUGAGGACCGAAGCAAUGGUGACCGUGAUGAACCUGUGGCUCUGAGUGCGGAGGAGCCCCAAGAGGCAGAGGCAUCGAGAGAAGGCCGUGACGCUGAGGACAUACCAAGAGGAAGCCAAGCAUCAAGAACUUCUUCCCGCGAAGAUGCUGAGGUUCCUCCUCCCAGCCAGGCCAGAAGCAAGGCUGCGAGGAAGGAUCCGAGCUGGAUGCCGACGCUGAGGCACCUGCAACCAGCAGCCAAGAUGCCUCUCAGCUACAAGCAGUAGAUGAGCAUACGGCAAGGACAAAGACUCCUGGACUUCCGUUUCUGUUGGCAGAAGCGGCUCUUCGGUUGUGUCACGAAAAAGCGAUGCC